AUGCUCUUUACCUGCAGUGGUAGUGCAAACGUUAAAAAUCGUAUCGUUGUAUUCGAUCAGGAACAAUUACCACAACGAUCAAAUUCAUCAAUUGAGCAGCAUCAUCGUGAAGUGCAAUCUGGACGAAAUAGCCAAGGGUCAGCAUCGUGUCCAGAAACAUUUCGAACUUAUGCUAAUAGCCCUACACGAGAUAGCCCAUAUUUAAGAAGUCGUAGUAAUUCACGCAGUAGCUCACGCACUGAAAUUUUACAACCUGGCCAGUGGACAAGUGUAACAUCACAAGUGAAAUUUCGUGCACUUACAUCAACUGAACAACAGGAAGUUUUUGAAGCUCAAAAAAGAGAAAGAUUAUUACGUGAAGAAUCAGCAGUUAUAACAAAAAUGGAUGAAGGUGCUGAUGUAAGUGGUGGCAUUCAACCUAGCGAAUUAAUCAGUCGUAUACCGGAUAGUCCCGGAUCACGUUCCAAUUACGGAGAAUUUUAUUGGGAUACCAAUGGUGAAAACGUUUAUCACGUUUCGGAUUCAUUUGAUAGCGAUUUGAUGCUUGAAAUAGACAGUUACGGAAAAGGUGUUUCGGCAGCACGACUUGAUCGUACUCAGGAAGAUCUCAAUAAGUAUCGUCAACGGAUUGAUGCUAAUGUAGAGCAUCAAAAAGAAUAUUCUGAUCUUAUAUCAGCAUUACAACAUAAGGUACAAGAAUAUCGACGACAUAUUACUGAUCUUGAAAGUCGAAUAGCAACACGUCGAUCAGAUGAACCUUCAUCGUUUACAUUAAUUGAUUCAGCGGUAUAUCCUGAUGGAAAAUACAAAGAUGAAACAUUAUGGAGUCCUAAAAAAGGCUUUGAUGAUAGUGAUUAUCAUCUUAUAGCAAAAUUAGAUGAGGAACGUCGAAGAGUUGAUGACUAUCGGAUACAAUUGGAACAAGAACGUAUUCAAAAUGAUCAAUUAUUGCAUGAAAAUGAACGAUUACGUCAACAAUUUGAAACAAACAUACGUGAAAAUGAACGAAUUUAUAAAACACGUGAAAGAAAUCUUACUCAGUACUUAAGUGAAGAACAAAAAAAGAUGAUGGAUUUAUGGGCUGAAUUACAACGUGUUCGUCGACAACUAAUUCAACAUCGAGAGCAAACCGAACAUGAUUUAGAAAAUCAACGUAAUGAAUUCACACGAAUAAUUCGAAAUGUUGGAGGCUUAACAAGACAAUUAAAUCUUGUUGGUGUUGAGGGUGGAUAUAGUGGCAUUAAAGAACCAUUAUUAAUUGAAAGUAACCGUGGAGGAGGUGAAACAAUUAGUCAAGAUACUGUAUUAAUUGAAGCAAUUAAAAGAAUACGCGAAAGUCAACAACAAAAUGCAAAUCAAACAGGAUUACAGAUGUUUGAUCAAUUAAAAUUUGCAAAUGCUUCAACUGCUGAUGCAGAUUUAUACAAUGAACUUAUGAAAAAAUAUGAAGAAUGCAUUGAAAGAAAUAUUGAGCUUGAAUCAAAAGGUGAUGAAGCACAACGUAAGAAUGCUGCACUUGAAGCGGAACUUCAACGAACUAAAGAACGCCUUUCAGAUAAUCAAGUUGCACUUCGUAAAUUACAUGAAUUAGCUCAGGAUGCUUCUCGUGAACCAGGAAGAGAGAAAAGAACACGCUCACUUUCUCCAGGUGGUACACCACUGCCACCAUCGGAAGCUUUACGCAGCGUUCGUAAUAUUAUUCGUAACAAAGAUAGCCAGAUACAACAAUUGGAAAGAAAACUAAAAAUUAUUGAAGGCCAGGUGAAAGAAUUCGUAAACAAAUUUGAACAUGCUGAUGAAGCUCGACGUUAUCUAGACAAACAUUUGGCUGAAAGUAAACGUGACCUGACAAAUCAAAUUAAAAGUUUGGAUAAUGCAGAACGUCAAAUAAGACGUUUGGAAGAACGUUUACGUGCUGCUGAUUUAGAAAAAGCAGCAAUUGAAAAAGCUAGAAAAUUCCUGGAAGAAGAGAUAAAUAAAUUACAUCAACAAUAUCAAAAAGCAACAGCUGAGGAAGAACGAAAAGCUCGCGAUAAACAACAAGAAAUUAAUCUUGGAUUUGAGGAAGAAUAUAAAAAUCGGAUUAAUGAAUUAAAAAAUCGCAUCGAAAUAAUUCAGCGUGAUAAUACGAAAUUGAAAACAGAAUUAAACACAAUGAGAGAUAAAUAUCGUGAUACUGAAAAUGAAUAUAAUAUUACACUAAGAAAAUUGGAAGAAAAAGAUACUGCACUACGUCAUCUUGAUGAAACGAAACGUCAAUUAACUAAUGAGCUUGAUCAACAGCGAACACGUUAUGACGCUUUAAAUUCUGAAUUUGAUAAAUUAAAUAAUGAAUAUGAAAAUGCAAAUAAGACAACUACAACACUGGAACAAACGCUUCGUGAAAUUAAACAACAACGUGAUGAAUAUAGUAAGCAAAAAGAUGAGCUUUCACGACAAAUGUUUGAUUUGAAGCAUCAGUUAGAAAAUGAAAAAGCAGCACGAGAAGAAGCGGAAAAAACAACGAGCCGUUUAACAAAAGAAAUUGAAAAACUUAAACUUCAAAUUACGGAUUACGAAAAUCAAUUAAGUAUGCUACGACGACAUAAUGAUGAACUUGAUACACAAAUUAAAAGUGGUCAAGCUAAAAUAACUGCUAUUGAAAAUGAUUUAAUUACAAGUCAAAAAGAAACUGUUCGAUUGAAUGAAUUAAAUAGUCGUCUUCAAAGAGAAAAGCAAGAUGCUAUCAACCAGAAAUUAAAAGGUGAAAGUGAUGCUGAAAUUUGGAAAGAACAAAUUCGAAAAUUGGAACAAGAAAUUGAGAAAUUAAGAAUCGAAAAUCGAACAAUAACUGAACAAGAAGAACGGACACGUGAUGCAUUAACAAAAGAAACAAAUCGUUCACAUCUUUUGCAAAAAGAACUUGAAGAGACAAAACUAGAAAUAGAAGAACUUGAAAAAAAAAUUAGACGAUUAGAGCAAGAAAUUGAAAGUAGUUCACGUGGUACACGUAAAGAUGAAUCAGAGGAAACAGAUAAAAUUUCACUUGCUCCAAGUGGUCCAACAGUUUAUGAUACUGAAAUACAUGAAAUACGCAUUAGAGAAGUUAAUGAUAAAUGGAAACUUGAGUUUGAUAAACUUCUCAGUGAAAAGGAUGAACUUGAGCGUAAAAUUCGUGACUUAGAAGAUCAAAUUAUGCAAAAAAAUCGUGAAAUUGAACGACAAGAAACCGAUAUAGCAGAAUUGAAACGUAAACAUCAAGAAGAAAUUGAUAGAUUACGAAGUGAAAUGUCACAACUUCAUGAUAAACAUCAAAAUGAUCUUGAUGAUGAAAAAGAGCAAUACAAUAAGAAUUUAGAAUCGAUUAAACUUGUUGAAGAUGAACUUCGUAAUAAACUUGCCGAAGCUGAGAGAAAAUUUGCUGAAGCACAAAAUCGUGAAAAUCAAUUGGAACGUGAAAAAGCAGAAUUAAAAGAAAAAUAUGAACAAGCAUUAAUACAAAUUCAAAAAUUUAAAGAUGACUUAGAUGAUGCACGACAGGAAGCGGAAAAUGAAAUACAAAAAUGGAAGACUGAAGUGUAUUCAGUACGAUCAGAGCUUAAGGCACUUGAAACUACAAAUAAUGCACUCAAAACACAACUUACGGCAGCUAAUGAACGAGCUGAAUCAUUAAAUAAAACAGUUAAUGAUCAAAAUAGCAAGAUAAGAGAUUUGAAUACACAAAUUCGACGUCUUGAAGAAGAAAUAUCAGAUUUAAAAUCUGCUGCUGUAACACGUGAAUCAGAUUUGGAAAAUGCAUUAGCACGUUUACGUUCCGUGGAAGAUCAGUAUGCUACAUUACAAAGUGAACAUGCUAAAACACGAAAUGAGUUAGAAAUUUUACAAAGAGAAUAUGAUUUACUUAAGAGCACAAAUAUCAAUCAAGAAUCUGAACUUGAACGUCUUAGAAAUAAAAUUCAACAAUAUGAAGUAACAAUUAAAGAACAAAAGAAUGUACUUGAUCAUCUUAAAGCAGAACGAGAACGAUUACAAAAUAUUUAUCGUGAUAAAGUGAAACAAUUAGAUCAUCUUACCCAAUUGGUACAAUCAUUUGAUGUUAAAAUGAAUAAAAUGCGCCAAAAUCUUCGUGAUACCUCAGAUAAGCUUAUUGCUGCUGAAACAGAACGUAAUACUUUACGCUCUGAAGUUACUAAAUUACAACAAGAGUUACAAUUUGGUAAAGAUCAAAUGGUACGUCGAACAGAUGAAUAUCAAUCAUCUUUGGAAGAUCUAGCAAAUGCACAUCGAGCUGCUGAAGAUGGACGUCUUAAUGCAUUACAAGAAUUAGAAUCACGAAAAUAUGAAUUAGCUGAUUUAAAGUCACGAUUUGAAAAUACGGAACAACGCUUAACAUCACUACAACAUGAUUAUAAUAAAGUGGAAAAUGAAAGAGAUAUUAUGGCUGAUUCACUUAAACGCUUCUAUUCUGUUACAACACAUGCGGUAACAUUACAUAAAGUAAAGGAAGAUGUUGAUCGUGAUCAGUUAAUUGAAACUGAAAUACCACGUUCAAUUCCUUUCCCACCAUCCGUUGAUUAUACCACUGCGGGAGGACGCACUGCAACAACUAUUAAUAUCGGUGAAACACUUGAUAUUAAUCAACUUGAAAAUACUCUUCAAACAUUAAUUGGUCGAAUUGAACGAUUAGAGCGUGAAAGAAAUGAGUACCGUGAGGCUCUUGAUCGUCUGAAGAAAAAGACGAGUGAUACUCACACAACCAUUCAUAAACAUGAAACACGCUAUAAAACUAUUGAAGAAAAUUUAACCGAUAUGGAAGAAGAGAAACGUGCAUUAGAAGUACGGUUAGCAUCAGCUAAACAAUUGUUACGUUCACAAGAAGAAGCAUUAAAACAACGAGAUGAAGAACGACGUCAAUUAAAAGCUAAAAUGGUAGCAGCAGAUUUGGAAGCACGCGGAAAAGAUGCACAACUACGACAUCUUAAUGAACAACUAAAGAAUUUACGUAAUGAUUUGGAAAGUACACAAGCUGAUUUACGAACUUUACGUGAACGUGAAGAACAAUGGGAUGCUAAUCGUUUUCAACUUGAAAGUAAACUUCGAGAUAAGGAAGGUGAAACACAACGACUUAAUCUGUUGCAGACAAACCUUGAAAGUGAAAAACAGUCUUUGAAUGAACGAAUAAAAGAACUCUCUGGACAGUUACAAUUAAGUGAAAUAAAAUGUACCGAUAUGAAAGAAGAUAUGGAAAGAUUGAAAAGAGAACUUUCAAAAGCUGAAAGUGUUGAAAUGGAACUUCGAAAAACUUCAGAUCAUCAAUCAAGAACAAUUAGUGAAUAUCAAAUUCUUCGAGAUCAAAUAACUGGUGCACAAAAUGAUCUAGCAAAUGCAAAUAAUCAAAAGCAACAACUUGAACAUGAAUUAACAACAGCACGAAGUGAACUACGUGAUUUUAAGCAACGUAUGCGUGAUUUAAGUGGCCGAGCAUCUGAUUUGCAACGACAAUUACAAGAUGCUCAUGCAGAGAAAAAUCGUCUCGAAGAAAGAUUAUUAGCUCUUGAAAAGGUAACAUCAACACAAAGAGCAACAGAAGAUGACCUUAGGCAACAAGUUGAAAGUUGUAAGAAUGAACGAAGAACACUACAACGUGAACUUGAUGAAAUUCAACGAAGAUUAGCACAGUUAGAGAAUGAAAAAAGAACAAUGAUAGGCCAACUUGAAAAUACCAAACGUGAUCGAAUUACAUUUGUUAAAAAAAUUGAAAUGCUGGAAAAUGAAAAACGACGUACCGAUGCAGCAAUCCGUGAAACUGCCUUACAACGUGAAGCUAUUGAGAAAUCAUUGAAUGCAAUGGAAAGAGAAAAUAAGGAACUUUACAAAAAUUGUGCUCAAUUGCAAAAACAAAUUGCACAAUUGGAAUUUGAAAAUGGUAAUCGUAUCAUUGAAAUUAGUAGUAAACAACGUGAAGAACAAGAUAAACAAUUACAACGAAUGAGAAAUGAAAAAAUUCAAAUCGAACGAAUAAUAGAAAAUCGUGAACGUACACAACAAAACCGUAUUAAACAAUUGGAAAAUCAACUUAGCAUUAUGAGAGAACAAUUGGAUAAUGAAAGGAGACGUCGUCGUGAUUAUGUUGAUCGAAGUUUAGCUGGUGAUAUUGGAAGACUUGGUGGUGGCUAUUUAGGAUUAAGAAGUGCUGGUGGAAUUCAUAGUGCUGGCAUAUUACCACAUUUAGGAGAAGAUUAUAUGAGUGCAGGAGCAACAAGAUAUAUACGAUCAACAUUUGCUUCUAAUCCGCUUACACCACCUCUUGGAACUUCUACACCAACACAAUAUCAGGAUACGCAACGUGAAUCAUACAUUUCAACAUCAUCAUCAUAUCAUCCAUCAAUGGUUGGAAGUACAACUUCAGAUAAAAUCAAAAUUGAAACUCUAGAACCUUCAAAGGAAAUUGAAGAAAGACGAACAAAGACAGUUAUCGUUAUGAAAACCAGCAAAUUGGAAGAUGCAAAAUAA